AUGUUUUUCAUUAAAAGGUUUGUAGUGUGGGGAAUUUUACUCAUCUUUUGUUUUGCACAAUUUUUAUUGAAUCUAACUGAUUUUUCUUGUAUAGUUUCAUCAAAUUUACCAAUAUGUGUGCCACAAUUUAAAUUUCGGAUAAUUGAUAAUAGUCAAUCAAUAAUAUCUUUUGAAAUCUUCAGAAGUCUUCGAGAAUUUUUAAAAUUACUUUCAUUUCUAAGAAUAGAUAUGGAGCCAAUAUCAACUGUACCUUAUAAGGAUAAUAACAGUCAAAAUAAUACUAGUUUAAUCGAUAUGGGUAAUGAACUUAUAAAUGAGAACAAAAAGGAGAUUCUUUAUAAUGAAGAAAAGUUGGUAAAUACAUUUAAUAAAAAUAUAGAAUAUAGAGUUAAUACUUUUGGUUAUUGUAAACUUCGAGAACAAGAAAAAAAUAAAAAUAUUACUGUUAAAAAUAAUAAAAUUAUUGAGAAAGAAUAUUGCCAACAAAAUAAUAAAUAUGGAAUGGAAAUAUUUGGAAUUUUAAUUAGAGACAUUGGUAUACAAUUGGGUAAAAAUUCAGUGAAAUAUAAGGAGAAUAAUAAGAUAAUUGGAGAUUCCCUUGUAUUAAUGAGCCAUUUAGGUAUUGGAUCUUUAAAUAAAUUUUUCAAAAAAGAUCAGAAUAAUAAAAAAAUAUAUUCUAAAUUAUUAUUCAGUGAUAAAAAUAAUACACAAUUACUUGAUACUAUCAAUAAUCCAAAGGAUACUAACAUCUCUGAACCCCCAAAAAAUGAUAUGUAUCGUAAAGGGAUCAAAUUAUUAAUCUUUUUAAUUAACCUUAAUAAGGGAAUCUAUUGGAUUUAUUUAAUUCAAUUUGCCAUAAGUUCAUUCAAUCUAAUAAUUAUACUACUAUUUGGAGUGGAAUUGUUUUUCAUGGGUAAACAUCAUAAAAUCUUUCCUAUAAUUAUUAAAUUAUCAGCAUUAGUGUUGAUUGUAAUCAGUUGUGUAGAGUUGAUUGAAAAAGUCAUCUAUUUUACUAUAUUAGAGUUAUUUAAUUAUAAGAAUCUUGAGAAGCAUAUAAACAAACGAGGCAAUCCAAUGGAAAUUAUUGAGUUUUCAAUAUUAGAUGGAUUUAAAAUUGGAUUUGCAAGAGUAAUUGUUCAAAUAGUUUACUUAAUAAUGACCAUUCUGUCAGCAAAUUAUUAUGGUGAUUGGAAAACUCGAAAAAUUGUUAAAAUGGGGAGUAAUAGGGAAUAUAAUAUCAAGGAUUAUCAAUAA